AUGGUGGAUCUGCAGGGCCAGUUUGCACAACUACAGGACCAGUUUGUACAAGCUGCACAGCGGUGGAGCAGUAGCGUGCUGGCGCAAAACCAUCGUGUGGAGGAUCUUCAGAGGCAGCUACAUCAUCUAGCUGAUGAAGGGGAAGUGGCGGUACACAAUGAUGUUGAAGUGGAGCAGCACGGCGAUGUACCUCUAGCUAGCACAGACCAAUUUCAGCAGACGGUGGAAGACGCUGCAAGACACGGUAGCCACUCCGAUGCCUGCUUCGACAUGCAGCGAUUACGUGCACGGCACCAAGAGGAGAGAAUGCGUGUGAAACAGCAACGGCGUGCUGCUAGGUUGUGCAGACUUGAAAAUGAGAAGGACAGCCACGAAGGACUGCAGUUGCAAUGA